GAAGUAGAAAUUAAAAUAUAAAGAGCCGCUUGAAGGGGAAGUGAUUUUUAAAUACGAGAAGUUUGGCUGGACUGUAAGAUAAUUAUGUCGCGACAGCUUGAAGCGCGCAGAACAGCCAGUGCCUGUAAAAAUAUUUGGGUUGAAUGCACACAACUGGCAGCCGACUACAAAGCAGUGAAUCUCGGACAGGGGUUCCCAGACUUCUCCCCUCCCAAAUUUGUCCAAGAUGCUUUUUGUAAAGCUGUGAGUGGAGGAUACCAGAUGCACCAGUAUACCAGAGCUUUUGGCCAUCCUCCUCUCGUACACAUCCUGGCUAAAUUCUUCGGGAGGAUAGUGGGACAUGAGAUCGAUCCUUUAGAAGGCGUGCUGGUCACAGUCGGAGCUUAUCAGGCUCUCUUCUGUGCAUUUCAAGCACUGAUUGAUGAAGGGGAUGAGGUCAUAAUUGUUGAGCCGUUCUUUGACUGCUACCAGCCGAUGGUGAAGAUGGCCGGAGGAAAGCCAGUGUAUGUACCUCUGAGGCCGAAAGUCGGGGGAAGUGCCGUCCUGUCCAGUGGAGACUGGGUUCUUUCUGCUGAGGAGCUGGCCAGUAAGUUCACUCCACGCACAAAAGCCAUCGUCAUCAACACUCCCAACAACCCCCUGGGCAAGGUUUACAAGACCGAGGAGCUCCAGGUGAUCGCUGAUCUGUGCAUCAAACACGACGUGCUGUGCAUCAGCGACGAGGUGUACGAGUGGCUGACCUAUGAUGGGAACAAGCACGUGAAGAUCGCCAGCCUUCCUGGCAUGUGGGAGCGGACCGUCACCAUCGGCAGUGCAGGGAAGACCUUCAGCGCCACCGGCUGGAAGGUCGGCUGGGUCAUCGGCUCCAAGCAGACCAUUAAACACAUGAACAUCAUCCAUCAGAACUGUGUUUACCACUGUCCCACAGCCGCUCAGGAGGCAGUAGCGCGUGGGUUUGAGAGAGAGUACGAGCUGUUUGGGACUCCGGAGAGCUACUUCCAGCAGCUGCCUGCCAUGUUGCACCAGAAGAGAGAGAGACUGGCCUCCUGCCUGGGGAGCGUGGGGCUGCAGCCCGUCAUGCCGGAGGGAGGCUACUUCAUGAUCGCUGACAUCUCGUCUGUCAAGGUGGACUUGAACGACCAGAGCUCUGAGGAUGAGCCCAACGACUUCAGAUUUGUCAAGUGGCUCACGAAGGAGAAGGGUCUAGCAACCAUCCCCGUCUCUGCGUUCUACAGCCCAGAGCACCGACGGGAGUUUGACAAAUACAUUCGCUUCUGUUUCAUCAAGGAGGACGCCACCCUGAACGCAGCGCAGGACAUCUUGAGGAAGUGGAGUGAGACGCAGUGAAGCGUGACCCGUACGUCCACACUCCAUCCGGCUCUUUAAACCGUCUCUGGUUCCUCCAGCUGGGUUCCUCAAGACGCCGUUCUCCAUAUAAUAAUACACUUGUGCAUCACUACUUAGGUUUUAACGACAAAUAGUUUAGAUUUUUCUAGUACGAUAAUAAAAGUUGAAAUUUGUAAUAACA